AUGCGUCUUGGUGCCUUCCCACAGCAAACGCAAUGUCCGAUAAAAAGGAAAGCUGAUGGACCCAUCGAGAAAUGCAAGGCGCGUCUCGUGGCAAAAGGGUUCAAGCAGAAAUAUGGCAUCGACUACACGGAGACGUUUUCGCCGGUAGUCAACUUUCCUAUACGGAGAAAUGAAGAGCAGGUAUUCUGCGCGAUCCCAGAAGGGAUCGAAGUUGAUGAAGACUUUGACUGCUUUGAACUGGUCAAGGCGAUCUACGGACCAAAACAAGCAUCGCGCGUAUGGAACGAGACUUUCCAUGAGUUCGUCUGCUCCACUGGAUUUCAAGUAUCCGAUUUUGACCCGUGUCUUUAUCUCAAGAUUACAAGUGGCGAGUGCGUGCUUUUGCUGGUCUACGUUGAUGACGUGUUGGUGACUGGCAGCUCGACUGAACUGAUCAUGCGCACCAAGAGUGACUUAAAGGCGCGUUUCGAAAUGACUGACAGCGGCAAGUGCGCAUUCGUGUUGGGCAUCGAGCUGGUGGACCACGACAACGGUAGCGUGACGAUGUGCCAGCGACGCUACGUGGAAGAUGUUCUCAAACGUUUUGGCAUGAGCGACUGCAAAGCCGUCACCAGCCCAACAGACACCAGUUCUCGACUCAUACCAAGCACCGCAGCAAUGAAGUUCUCCAUAUCAGCGCCAAGCUGA